GAAAAAAAAAAUAGAAAAAUGUCAGAUUGGGUGAUCCUCAACCAAAGCUUCUCAAGCCCAUAGCCAUAGGCCCCUCCUCUCCUCCUUCCAAGAGACUAUUGUUGGCUUUGGUAAUCUAAUCGUCCUUCAACAACCAAACUGAUGAUUUCAUUAGCAUCAUUAUCUCUUUCCCACUCAAACCCAUUGCACAAUCCUUCAAGCAAACCCAAUUCAUUUCCACUUUCUGGGUACGUCAAAAUUCUACAUUUAUCGCCUUCAACCACAGAAAACCCUCAAAAGAAGAGCAAGAAUACCCACAAGCGUAGUCUAAUCGUGGUGGCGGUCACUGAAGGUUCUGCGAAGAAUUCAAGCAAGUCCAAAGAAGAAGAACAAUCAACCCCUUCAUGGGCUGCGCCAGAUUCAGAAGAACCACCACCAUGGGCUCGCGAUGAAGCUCAGAAGAGUUCAUCUGGCUUUGAGAUUCCAUUCUUUGUCUACUUACUUGCAUCUGCUAUCACUGCAAUUGCCGCGAUUGGUUCUAUUUUUGAGUAUGUGAAUCAACGGCCUGUUUUUGGAGUUCUGAAUUCAGAUAGUGUGUUUUAUGCUCCAUUGCUCGGAUUCUUUGCGUUUACUGGCAUCCCCACUUCUGCAUUCCUGUGGUUCAAAUCAGUUCAAGCUGCCAACAAGGAGGCUGAAGAACAAGACAGGAGAGAUGGCUAUCGCUAGAUUCAUACAUAAACCCUUUUCUGGGCUAAUUUAAGUACCUUGUACAAACAAUGUCUUGUUGAAUUUGAUUCUAUACCAUCUAUUUUUCCCAUAUUUCUUCUUUUCUUUUCUCAUUUUAUUUCUCAGCUUACUAAUUAUACCUUUGAUUGUGUAUAUUUACAAGGGUGAAUUGCUUUUUGC